ACUUUAGAAAGCGGUGCGCCAUUCGGAGAUGUUGAUAAAUGUCCCUGACAUUUACAGUAAAAAUAUUGAUAUUUCUUGGUCUUUUAGAGAAGAUAUUCAUAUUGACUGAAACAGUGUUACAGAUGUCCAUGUCACAUCUGUAUGGACGGAUAGGGGACGAGGAGGACGAUGGGGUUGAGGUCGAGAGGUUUGAGGUUACAGAAUGGGACCUGGCCAACGAAUUUAACCCUGACCGCCGCAGAACGAGGCCGACAAAGGAGCAAGCUACCUAUGGCAUAUGGGCUGACAGAGAUUCUGAUGAGGAUGAGAGGCCCAGCUUUGGAGGGAAAAGGUCCAAAGACUAUUCUGCUCCAGUAAACUUUGUGAGUGCUGGUUUGAGAAAAACUGCUGCUGAGGAGAAACAAAAGGAAAAAGAGGAAGAUGGAUCCGAUGACUCUGAGGAUGACUCACCUUCAGUCAAGCUCCCUCCUCGUGGGAGUGCACCCAAAAAACUUCAGAUGGAAAAUUUUCGAGGAAACACCAGUUUCCACCGGUUUGCAGGCCAAUCUGGACAAGGAAUUGGGAGCUGGGAAAAACACACAAAAGGGAUUGGCCAAAAACUUUUGCAAAAAAUGGGUUACCAACCUGGCAAAGGUCUGGGGAAAAAUGCACAAGGUAUUGUAAACCCUAUUGAGGCCAAGGUUCGUAAAGGCAAAGGGGCAGUUGGUGCAUAUGGUACUGAGCGAACCCAACAGAGUCUUCAGGACUUUCCAACUGUGGAUUCAGAGGAAGAGGAAGAAAAGGAGUUUCAGAAGGAACUGGGGCAGUGGCGCAAAGAUGCAAGCAGUGCAACUAAGAAGAAACCCAAGUACUCAUACCGAACAGUGGAUGAGCUCAAGGCUACAGGCAAACUGGCAGGGCGAAGUACUGGCACGUCAGCGGGAGAGUUAGCACAGGUGAAGGUAAUUGAUAUGACUGGCAGAGAGCAGAAAGUGUAUUACAGUUACAGUCAGAUGUCCAACAAACACAGUGUCCCUGAUGAGGAGCCACCAACUGCAGCCACACGGGAUCAGAAAGGCUGUGGAUUUGCACUCCCUGAGCUUGAACAUAACCUUCAACUGCUCAUUGACCUUACUGAACAGAACAUAUUGCAGUCUGCAAGGCGUCUGCAGCAUGAAAAAGAUAUGGUCACAUCCUUGAAUCAUGAAUCAAAAACCCUGCUAUCCAGAUUGGAAACAGAGCAAAGUGCGAUACAGAGAAUGGAGGCUGUCCUGACAUUAGUGGAGCGUUUUCCGUCAGGAGAGACUGCACCAGGAGAGGGUCCAACUUUGCAGGAGUGUGCUCGAAUUUUUGAUACCUUGCAAAGUGACUUUUUUGAGGAAUAUAAGACCAUGGGACUUGCCGAUCUUGCCGUUGCUAUUCAUCCAUUGCUGAAAGAGAAACUUCAUUCUUGGGACCCGUUAAAAGAUAGCACUUAUUGCCUGGAAGACAUUGGACAAUGGAGAGCUAUUCUUGAAACAAGAAACAUUCACUCCAACACCCCAGAUUCAAACAUGGAUCCGUACCACAGGUUGUUAUGGGAAGUAUGGAUUCCUGUGAUGAGGACAUGUGUGUCAAAAUGGCCACCUCGCAAUGUUGGCCCAAUGGUCGACUGUAUUGAAGUAUGGGCACCCCUCCUUCCCCAGUGGAUCCUUGAUUAUGUACUAGAACAACUCAUUUUACCCCACCUGCAGAGAGAGGUUGAUAACUGGAAUCCACUAACUGACACGGUGCCCAUACAUUCCUGGAUCCAUCCGUGGCUACCAUUGCUUCAGUCACGUCUAGAGCCACUUUACCCUCCCAUCAGAAGCAAACUUUCUAAUGCUCUGCAGAGAUGGCAUCCUAGUGACGCAUCGGCUCGUCUCAUUCUGCAACCCUGGAAAGAUGUUUUCACACCAGGAGCAUGGGAGGCCUUCAUGGUGAAAAACAUCAUUCCUAAACUGGCCUUGUGUUUAGAGGAGCUUGUCAUUAACCCUCAUCAACAACAAAUGGAGCCAUUUAAUUGGGUCAUAGAUUGGGAGGGCAUGCUUUCGCCUUCCAGUCUUGUAUCUUUACUGGACAAAAACUUCUUCCCAAAGUGGUUGCAGGUACUAUGUUCAUGGUUGAGUAACAGCCCCAAUUAUGAAGAAAUCACAAAGUGGUAUCUUGGAUGGAAAGGCAUGUUCAGUGAAGCUUUACUGACACAACCACUUAUCAAGGAGAAAUUUAACGAAGCUUUGGAUAUAAUGAAUCGAGCCGUCUCUUCAGGUGUAGGUGUAUACAUGCAGCCUGGUGCAAGGGAAAAUAUUGCAUAUCUUACUCAGACAGAGAGACGGAAGGACUUUCAAUAUGAAGCACUGCAAGAGCGCAGAGAUGCUGAGAGUGUAGCUACCAGAGGUUUCAACACCAGUGUACCAACAAACUUCAAAGACCUUGUACAGGCCAAAGCAGAGGAGAACAAUAUAGUGUUUAUGCCCCUUGUAGCCAAGCGUCAUUUGGGAAAACAAUUGUACACUUUUGGACGAAUUGUCAUAUACAUAGACAGAGGAGUUGUGUUUGUGCAAGGUGAGAAAACGUGGGUGCCCACAUCAUUACAGAGUCUUAUAGAUAUGGCCAAGUGAUUAUCAGCGAUAAUACAAGAUGGGCAAACAGCUGAAAUGUACUCAGUAUCUUUUCUUUUUAUUCUUUUCUUGUGUAAAUGUUUUAGCAUUCUGUGAACGUGAAAAUAAAAUUUUGAAUAAUCUUUAU